AUGACCUCACCACUCAUCAUCAUCUCAUCUAAUAGGAAAUCAGAAAAAAAGAAGCCGCCACCGGUAUCUAAACCAAAUAAACCAGAAGUAGUGUACGACUGCAAACCAGACAUGUACGAGCGCGGGAUAGCUGCCGUGGACCCGUGCGACCCUGAGCAGUCGUACGCGCAGCCACGUGUCGUCAUCGUAGGUGCGGGCAUGGCUGGUCUCUCCACCGCCGCCAGGCUCGUAGACAAAGGCAUCACUAAUUUUGUUGUCCUCGAAGGCAAUGGAAGACCAGGUGGCCGCAUCCACUCGAGCUGGCUUGGCGACAUUGUAGCAGAGCUCGGUGCCCACUGGAAGCAGGAUAACUGCUCCACUCACCCUGUAUUCAACAUGUCCGCCACUGAGGACCCACCACGACCCGGAGUGCCAGCCGCCCUCCAUGCACGUGGACUAUUCAAUCGUGUCACCUGCGGCAGAAUGCCUUACCCACCAACGAUCGUUGCGUACCAGAAAUUUCGCCAAAUAGAACAAGAAGCCGCGGCCAUAUAUUGUCUCGGAGGCAACAAACAACAUGGAUCUCUCAUAAAUUUCUUGAGCUUACGAAUUCAACAGGAGUUACAUGAGUUUCCUGACGACCAACAACACGACGCAGCCCGAAUAAUGUUCGGAUUGAGCCACAUGCUGUGCGCCCGUUGCGGCGACGACACUGCCAUGCUCUGUGCCGAUAACACGGGCUGCUACAUGAACAUGCCUGGCGGGGAGGUUCGCGUCCCUCUAGGGCUCCUCGGCAUUCUAGCCCCAUUAAUGCGUACAAUUCCAGACGGCAAUAUAAAAUAUAACAAACGAGUGGGCUGUAUUUACUGGGGAACCUCUCAAAAAACUGGUUACAGAGCCAGUGUAAAGACCACUGACGGAGAAGAAUACCUAGCAGAUUAUGUUGUCAUAACGGUAUCACUUGGCGUUUUGGCUAAAAAUGCGGCAAAAAUGUUCUGUCCAGCACUGCCGGCGUCUAAAAUGGAUGCGAUACGAUGCCUUGGAUUCGGUUACUGCAAUAAAGUAUACAUGGAGUACUGUCGACCCUUUUGGUACUGGCAACGGACAAACUUAAAUUUCAAAUUCUAUUGUCAGGAACUGUGCAGUCGCUCUGAUUGGACUAGAGGAAUCACGGCUAUAGAAAUCGUACCUAAUAGCCAGCACGUGAUGUGCGCUUGGGUGAUAGGAGAGGAAGCUUCAAAUAUGGAACGCCUGUGCGAUAAAGAUGUAGCUGAAGGUAUAACAGACGUGUUACGUGUUGUGACUGGCUGUGGUGUGCCUUAUCCGUCGUCUAUAUUGAGGUCGUUUUGGGCAUCAGAUCAAUUUUAUCUAGGUGCUUAUUCUUGUGAGUUUGAGUGUACGAAUGGUGAUGCUCAGCGUGCAUUAGCCUGCCCACUGCCGGGGCCGAGUGAGCCAGUGCCACCUGUUCUCCUGUUCGCCGGGGAAGCUACUGUGCCGGGACAUUAUGCCACCGUGUCAGGGGCACGAAUAAGUGGCGUACGAGAAGCUGAGAGGAUUGUCCAAAUGACUGUAAAGUUCGAGGGGCCACCACUCCCUAUGAAAGAACCUGAGCUGAUAAAGAAGCCAGUUCCGAAGAGAUGCGUAGCUAAAAAUUAGAAUAUUCGAUUAGGAUUAGAAAUAUGUCUCUAAAAUUAGGUUGUGCUUUCUUUGUUACAUUUGCAAUGGAAUUCGAAUUUUGGUGGCAAUUAAAUUAUA